AUUCUCAUUUCCAAUUACCUUUUCACUUUACAUACAUCAUCCCGGAUUGCUCAUCUUGGGCAUUGCUCAUUCAUUUCCCGGCUAAAAAGCAGAGCCAUGCCGCUGGGGAAGCAGUUGCGAUUUAGCCAUGGCUGCAGCUUGGAUCGUGGUGCUGGUGACUUUGGUGCUAGGUUUGGCUGUGGCAGGCUCUGUCUCCACUUCCAAGCCCAUCACUACUGGGAAGGGCUGCCACAUUGACAGGUACAAAUCUCUGCCACCGCAGGAGCUAGCGAGCUUCAAGAAGGCCAGGGAUGCCUUGGAAGAGUCAUUCAAGCUGAAAGACUGGAAUUGCACCUCUCCUGUCUUCCCCAGGAAUUGGGACCUGCGGCUGCUCCAGGUGAGGGAGCGCCUCGUGGCCUUGGAGGCUGAGCUGGCCCUGACACUGGAAGUUCUGGAGGCCACUGCUGACAAUGACACGGCCUUGGGGGACGUCCUGGACCAGCCUCUUCACACCCUGCACCACAUCCUCUCCCAGCUCCGGGCCUGUGUCCAGCCUCAGCCCACGGCAGGGCCCAGGCCCCAGGGUCGCCUCCACCAUUGGCUGCACCGGCUCCAGGAUGCCCCGAAAAAGGAGUCCCCUGGCUGCCUCGAGGCCUCUGUCACCUUCAACCUCUUCCGGCUCCUCACACGGGACCUGCAUUGUGUCGCCAGUGGUGACCUGUGACUGAGAACCUCGACCCACCCCGAGUCCACCUGA